GCGGGCGCGCGGCAGGUCCCGCGCCGGCCCGGGGCCCGCAGAACCCAGCUCAGCCGGCCCAGCGCUCGGGCGGCCGCGCGCACCAUGGCUCCGGCCGGGGAUCGCGAGGGCUAUUGGGGCCCCCCCACCUCCACGCUGGAAUGGUGCGAGGAGAACUACGCGGUGACCCCUUAUAUCGCCGAGUUCUGGAAUACACUGAGUAACUUGUUUAUGAUCCUACCUCCAAUUUUUGGUGCAAUCCAGAGUAUUAGAGAUAAGCUUGAAAAGCGGUACAUCGCAUCUUAUUUAGCACUCAUGGUGGUGGGAAUGGGAUCCUGGUGCUUCCACAUGACUCUGAAAUAUGAAAUGCAGCUGUUGGAUGAGCUCCCAAUGAUCUACAGCUGUUGCAUAUUUGUAUACUGCUUGUUUGAAUGUUUCAAGAUCAAGAACACAGUGAACUACCAUCUGCUUUUUACCUUAGUUCUGUUCAGCUUGAUAGUAACCACAGUGUACCUUAAGGUAAAGGAGCCUAUAUUCCAUCAGGUCAUGUAUGGAAUGUUGGUCUUCACACUAGUACUGCGAUCCAUUUAUAUUGUUACAUGGGUUUAUCCUUGGCUGAGAGGACUGGGCUAUACAUCCUUGGGUGUAUUUUUAUUGGGAUUUUUAUUGUGGAACAUAGAUAACAUCUUCUGUGAUUCACUGAGGAGCUUCCGAAAGAAGAUUCCACCCGUCUUCGCUGUGGCCACACAGUUUCAUGCAUGGUGGCAUGUUUUAACAGGCCUUGGCUCUUAUCUUCACAUUCUUUUCAGUUUAUAUACGAGAACACUUUACCUGAGGUGCAGGCCCAAAGUGAAAUUUCUCUUUGGAAUCUGGCCUGUGAUCCUGUUUGAGCCUCUGAAGAAGCACUGACUGCACCAUUCCACCCGGAAAACAGAAGCAGCUCCAUCGCUGUGGCCAAGUGCACACGGGAAACCCUCCAAGACCCGCUCGCCCCAAUACUCCCUGGUCAUCCCGAGAAGGCGUCAGUGAUUCUGCCCCGCUGCAGCUGCUCAGAGGAGGAGGACUGGGGCUCGCUGGGGAGUGAUCGCAUUGGUCCUUUUCAAACUUGGUUCUCCCCCAGAUGCUUAAAAGGAAAGAGACAUAAUGUAUAUGUUGGUGUAAAUACCGAAUGCUGGGGGGCAAAAUGGACUUUUCUUAACAAGCUAACAGUUUGUACUGUUCUAGGAAAUUAACCAUUUUAUCUUUUUUUGGACGAGUUGCUAGAUCUGAUUAAAUAACUAAGUCAGUUCAGAGGGGCUAAAGAGAUAGACAGGGGUAGGGUACUUGCCUUGCAUGCAUGGCCUGAGUUCAAUCCCUGGCAUCCCAUAUGGUCCCCCAGGCCCCUCCAGGAGUCACCCCUGAGCGCAGAGCCAGGAGUAACCCCCCCAGCACCACCUAGUGUGGCCCCAAAGCAAAAGCAACAAUAACUGAAGUCAGCUGAGAUCUGGCACAACCCAUACCCCGAUCGCCAGCCCUGCGACAACACUUAGUAUUAUCAGCACUGACUUAGGCCUUUGCCAUCCAACCUCAUGGAUGGUUCUUCAAGGUAAAAAGCUUUGGUUUCUAGUAACCCUUCACUGCCUCUGUGCUCCUUGCAGUGUUAGAAGCAAGCUCAGACCUGCCCUGGGUUCUGGACUUGUCAUGUACCAGGCGUGGCCUUGUGCUCUGUGGAGUCUGUGUGUGGCCACAGCCAGAGUGGACAGUCAUCUGGUACCCUUCCUGAUGGCCCACCAGGACCCCCGAGGAGGUAGCACCUCUCACCAAAGGUGGUCACGCUUUUCCUUUGAUCUUUGCAGAUCUUCAAUUGUCACUAGCGUUGUCGCCAACAUGACUGGUGGCUUCUUUGAAGUCAUCAGAGUCUCGUCCUACUCUUUUUAAAAGUAUGGUACACUUCCAGUUUUCAGAUAGAUUGUGGGUGUUUCUGUCUGUGGAAAUGUAUUGGGUUAGCUAGAGCUGAAAGGAUCAGGAUUCUAUUUACAUAAAGCUUGUUGGAAUAGCUGUUCCUCGGGUUUUUUAUGUGGUUGGUAGGUUGGUUGUUUGAUUGAUUGGUUUUUUGGUUUUGGUUUUGGGGGCCACACCCAGUGGUGCUCAGGCGUUACACCUGGCUCUGCACUCAGGAAUCACUCCUGGCAAUGCUCAAAGAACCAAAUGGGAUGCUGAGGAGGAUCGAACCCGGGCUAGCCGCGUGCAGGGCAAACACCCUAUCCUGAUGUACUAUCUCUCUAGUCCCAGCUCCUUCAUUUUGGGGGUUAAGAAAUUAAUGCAAGGGUUGAGCACAGUGCUGACUUACUUAACAUUGUACCAGAACUCCUCCAAAUUAAAGCACUAAGAAAUGACAAUGAAGCCUUAUUGUGACGUAGCUUAGUUCUAAUUUGGACUUGAAUGCAUAACAAUACCACUUUUCACAAACACAUUACCUGUCUGUAGUUCACCCCUUUGCUCUUAUAUCAACCUAUUUUGUAGAUCUUUCCCAUUUGUCAUUUUACCACUAUUUCUUGCCUGUACAUUAUUAUAAAAUCCAGAUUGUUUUUUUUUAUUUUCUUUGAAACCAAUGGAGACAUUACCUCAGAUUAAGUCCUGAAGAACUUUACAUGGAAAAGGGUUUUUUGGUUGAUUUGUUUGUUUUAUACAAUGGUAUAAAACAUUUCUCUCAUUUCCCCAAUAUUCUUUAUUUGGCUGGCCUUGGUACGAUUUAAAGACAAUACAAAUUUUGUUGUUUUUCUUUGCCCUCUGACCUUAGUUUUCGUCCAGGUACCAUUUUUCUUACAUGCCAACAUACCACUGGGGCCAGAGCCAUAGUCCAGCCGGGAAGGCACACAGCCAACCCAGGUUCAGUUCCCGGCAUCCCAUAUCGUCCCCUGAGCCCCGUCAGGAAUAAUUCCUGAGUACAGAGUCAGAAGCAACCCUGAGCAUUCCCAGAUGUGCCCCAAAACAAAACAAGACAAAGAAACAUACCACAUGCCACCAAGCAGAUACUUUCAUCUGUUUUUAUGAUCUCCCAGAAAGAAAACACUUGCCAAAUUCUAAAUCUUGGAAAACUUUGGUUGUGAUUUAGAAAAGUGUAAAACUGAAUGAACAGUUCCAACACACAGCCCUUAGGACUGUUCUAUGGUUUCCCCACCGUUUGGACAUCCGGCCCCAUCUCCUGUGCAGCUGCGGAGACCACCAGCCAUUGUAACACGUUUAAAAUGAACUCAUCUGUUUCAUACCAUUACCUUUCUGGACUUUGCAUUCAAAAUAUACUUCUAUAUUUAGAAAAUUAUGUAUAAAAUCUGGGGGCUAGAUUGAUAAUACAACAGGUAAAUCUCUUCCCUGGCACGCAGUCAACCCCAGUUCAAUCCCCAGCAUUCCAUAUGAUCCCCUGAGCACUGCCAGGAGUAACUCCUGAGCAUCACUUGUUGUGGCCAAAAUAAAACAAAAAAGGAAAAUAGAAUCUACAUAUAGAAACAAAGGCAUAGAACUAAGGAGGUGGCUCCAAGGGCUGGAGCACAGGCUCUGUAGGCAGGAGCCCUGGGUUCCAUGCCCAGCACCCCAUGAACCCCGAGCACUGAGCCAGAAGGAGCCCCUCCCCCCAGCACCACCAGGUAUGACACCAAAGCCAAAAAAGAGAGAGGCCAAAGCAUAGCCUUUUCGACGAUCCUGCUGAACUCUGUAAGGGUGAGUCUCUGCAGAGUUAAACUCAAACAAGAGGAGCGUGAGGGCGAAGGAUUGGGCCCCACACCUGUAAUCUCACUGAGUUACAGUUCCAGCACCUGAUGGAAACACGCAUCCCCCGCCCCAUGGACCUCGGUCCAGCGCUGCAAAGACCUUGUGAAGACAGCGGGAAACUCAAAGUCCAACAGUCCUGAAGUGUUGAGUGGAAAGCUUACUCCACCUGCCCUUCUACGCCCACCUUUGUUCUUUCGGGAAAUAGUGUUGUUACCAGCACUGUUUGGUAAUGUUGGUACCACCCAAAGGGAUCUCUUUUAUAUACACUGGUGAUAACAGAAAGACUGACUUUUGAAAAAUCUACAAAUGUCCUGCGUGAUAGUAUAGCACAGAGGGUCUAACCUGGGUUCAUUCUCCAGCAUCCCCGAGGGUCCCCUAAGUGCAGAGUAAGCUCCAAGCAGCGCCGGGUAUGGCUCACAAAAAAAAAAAAAAAAAAAAGUAAAUUUACAAAUGAAAACCCCUAAUGCUGACAUUUGGUUUAGCAGAAUUAGAUCAAACAUCGUGCUUUAAACUUCAUGCCUCAUUUUCAGUAUGGUGAAACUGGGCUUUCCCUACAUGGAAAGGUUAUUUCCUAGGAGGUGAGUCAAAGAAAACAGAAUCGUGGAAACUUCAAGUAUGCAAUGAAUAAAAUCUUUAAAUGCCUGAACAAACGUAGUUCUGUUUUAAUGCCUUCUCUACCUUCAGUACCUUCAGAAUUUGAUAAGUGCCCUAAUGAUUUGUUUAAGGUUUUCUUUCAUCAUUCUGUGGCUUCCAUGUUACUUUGUUCUUGGUAGGGGGGAUGUUUGAGGGGUGAAAUGUUUGUUGCUAUUUGAUGGUUUGUGCUUUCAAUGUCACAUUUCCAUGACAGAAGAAAUUCUCUUAACCCUGUGUUUUAUAAUGAGCGUUUCUGUAAAACUGAUGUUUUAAAUAACCACUUAUAAUUGGAAUUUGCUAUAAUAUGGCUGUUUGCAAGCCUACCUCUGUCUAACAUUUUGCAUCAGAGCAAUGCCGUAAUACAAUGAGUCUCAUCA